AUGCAUACUUAGGAUCACAAUCUGUUAUCAAUAUCUUCAAAUGAUCUGCAGAAGUUGAAAGUGCUUUCUUUUUUGCGUUCAAAUCUAAAGAUUUCGGUCGCUCGUUCUAUUUUCCCAGGAUCUUACAGUUCAUAUUUUGAAGGAAGGAAAAGGUUGCUUUGAUGGAAAUCUCUUCUGCAAACUGGAUAUCUGAAGUGGGAGUGGAGGAUCCCAUCUUUAUGCAUCAAUACGACAUGAACUCUUUCGAUUACUCAAUACUUGACGAGCUUAAUUUUGAAUCUCUUUCUGCUGAGAGCUACUCAUCAUACCCAGAUCUCAAUCCCAAAAGCGCACACAGCUUCAAUGGUUCGGCAAUCGAAAAUCCUCAUACCGGCCUAGAGAGCCCGGCUAAACAGCUGAAGACUAGCAGCUGGAACUCUUGCACCACUGACCGUAUGACUUCAAUGGCUGCUUCUUCCUCCUCCUCCAAGUUAAUUUCUUUCGAGAACUCGAACUCGGCCCCAGCCACUUCUCAGAAAUUUUUAGACUGCACCGUGAAACCAAAGAACGAGGCGGGUUCUGAUCUUAGAAAUAUGAAUUUCCCGACUAUGAUUUCUGAGAGUUCCUUAGAGAUCCAAAAUGGCUCCUCAAAACAUGAACAGGAUCCCAAGAGGGUUGGUACAGUGACUAGAACUCCUUUACAUGCCCGAGAUCACGUGAUGGCAGAGAGAAAGCGCCGAGAAAAGCUCAGCCAGCGGUUCAUUGCUCUUUCAGCAAUUGUUCCUGGCCUAAAGAAGAUGGACAAGGCUUCUGUCCUGGGGGACGCUAUUAAGUACUUGAAACAACUUCAAGAACGUGUGAAGAUACUCGAAGAGCAGGCAGCAAUGAAAACGACGAAAUCAGUGGUUUCUGUGAAGAAGGCUAGGCUCUCGGCCGAUGAUGACAUCUCUUCGUCCGAUGACAACUCCGAUAGCCACUCCGAGCACCCACUCCCCGAAAUCGAAGCUAGAGUCUCCGGAAAGAAUGUACUCAUUAGAAUCCAUUGUGACAAAAGCAAAGGAUGUGCUGCAAAAAUACUAAGCGAAACAGAGAAACUUGAUCUAACAAUCAUCUCUAGCAACGUCUUGCCAUUUGGAAAUUCCACACUCAAUGUAACUGUUGUUGCACAGAUGGACGAUGAUUUCUGCAUCACAGCGAAAGAUCUGGUGAGAAACCUACGACGGGCACUUGCGUGACAUUGCGAAUUGCAAAACUUUAAAGGAUUUUCUAUGUUUCCAUUUACACUCUUCACAUCAAUAUUGCUAGGCGUGGGAUGACGACGAAUAAGCUCUAUCUAGUAGCAGACUUCUCAGCUCGUUAUUAUUAUUAUUUUUUUUUUCCAUUUUUUUCUUAGCUCCUGAUGGCUGAUCCUGAGAGAAAGGAAGGACUGCAAAUCUCAGACAGCAAGCGAGAUUUUCACAUGUGGUAGCCAGGGUUUUUCACUUAUUUUGUGGCUUUUUGCGUGGUUAGCCAACUUGACCACGUUCAAUUACCCUCGUGUUGUGAACAAAACUUGCUGCUUUUUGGGAGGGUUUUAUUAUUAUUAUUAUUAUUUUUAAGAGGCUGUGACUUUCAAAUAUCACCUCUUUAAUUCUUCCCUCCUUGAUUAGGUAAAGGCCCUUCCUUUUCUUCUACAGUGAAAUUAAAAGACAACUAGACAAGCCGACAUAUGGUGCCAUCUUGUCUUACCGAGAAAACAUGAAAAAGAAGAAAUUCCUCUGAAGUCUGAAUCGUAAUGUAUCUAUGCAUGACUCGAUGAUUUUGUAAGCAUUGUUUUUGUUGGA